UGCAAGAGAACUUGGGCGUGAGUCCAAAGUAUCUCCAAAGCCAGGAGGGCGGGAGGGAGGAAACUUUGCAGGGAGAGGCGAGGGGUGUGGAUGAAGCAGGGCCCCAAGGAUCAAGACCAGGAUCAAGAGCGAGGCGUAAAAACAGCCCCUUUUUGGCCUGACUGGCGCGCAAAGGGAGAGAGAGGAAGCCGAGCCGAGCAGAGCCUGCGCGCAAAGUUUUAGGCAUGUUAUGAGUCUUGAACCCUUCCAAGAUGGCACAUACCUGAUCUGGCCAUGGUAGUCCAUGCCUUACUCACAUCCUGUUUGGACUGCUGCAACACUCUCUACGUGGGGCUGUCUUUGAAGAUAGUUCGGGAGCUUCAACUUGUUCAGAGAUCGGUAGCCAGGUUACUACCUGGAGCCUCGUACAGGGAGAGAACCACUCCUGUGUUGCGGCAGCUCCACUGGCUGUCCAUCUGCUUCCCGGCUAAAUACAAGGACCCAGCAGAUAGCAGCCAAAAUGUUGGAUCUUACUGAAUUAGUGGAUAUUGAAGUGACUGUAGCAUAUGUCUGGUAUGCAGUCCUCCUCAUUGUAAAAAUGAUGCUACUGAGCCCCUUAACGGGACUCUACAGAGUGUCGAAAAAGGCCUUUGCUAACCCCGAAGAUGCAGUUGGAUUUGGCAAAGGGGAUAAUGCAAAAAAGUUCUUGAGAACUGAUCCAGAUGUGGAGCGUGUGCGCAGAAUCCAUCUCAACGACCUUGAAAACAUUGUCCCGUUCCUUUUCAUUGGAUUCUUCUACUCCUUCAGUGGCGUUUCCCUCUCCACUGCCUUGCUGCAUUAUAGAAUAUUCUUUGCUUCUAGGAUCUUCCACACUGUUUCCUACCUUAUCCCCCUUCCCCAACCCAGCAGGGGUUUGGCUUGGUUUGUAGGGUACUUAGCUACCUUUUCAAUGGUGUACAAGCUGGUGAUGGUGAGUCUGAGCAUGUCAUAAAAAAACGAAGAAACCUCAAACCAACCUAUACAAAUGAUCAUUUCACUGUGAUUUUCAAACUUUCUACCCUUGGGAAAACCUUUCUUACUGAUUAUUGUGUCAGAUCCGCCAAAGGCGUGCUAAGCGUUGUGAAACAUAUUCUAGAUCAGGGGUCCUCAAUCCUAGGUCCCCAGGUCUUGAUGGACUUCUGAUCUCAGAAGCCCUUAUUAGCAUGGGGAAUGAAUAGGAAUUCUGGGAGCUGAAUUCCAUCAACAACUGGGGAACACACAGUUGGGGAUACUGUAGUUUUGAGGAGCAUGCUCAGUGCUGGUCAACCAUUUUGGACCUCACUAUUCCUCACUUGAGCUGAACGUGUGAACCAGAACACAUCUGAAACCACACUGUAGCAGCACAUUCCAAAAAUAGAUUGGUAAAUGGAAAGCAAAUGGCCUUCCAGGACAAUUUAUUCACUGGUGUUUCCUUAUAAUCUAUCACUGGGUGGAACACUUACCUUUCAUACAGAAGAUCCCAGAUUUGAUCCCUGACGUAUGCAGAAGUUAAACCUCCAAAUGUGAAGGGCCAACUGUAUAGAGAAAAUCUAAUAUCUAUAACAAACGUGCAAGUAUGGACUCUGAUUCAAUUGCUCAUCCCAGCUAGACUGGAUUCAUAUACAAUGGACUCAUUGGGAUUUAGGCCAUGAUAACAAAUAUGUUAUUAUGGCUUACAUCUAAUGGUGUGGUUACAUGAUUCCUGAGAUGGUUCAAUGGAUGAUAUUUGGGAAUGAACACAUUGGAUGGAUGCAGGGCAUGCUCUUGAUUCCAGAUCUGUGGCCCUUUCCACUUCACGUGUUCACAAUCAUCCUCUUAACAAAGCUCAAAACCCAUGCUUUUAGAGUAUGAGCUCCUCAAACUUGUUGAACAAAUGGUGUCAAACUCAUUUUAUUAAGUCCAACUUGGGUCGAUGUGCACUUUUGAGGUGAUUGCAAAAGUCACUCAGAGAUAAACAAGUAAAAACAAUUCAGAAAAGUAUAAAAAUGUUAAGGUCUUCGCUUUGUUACAUUCCUUGCCUCCCAUUUAGCUUUCCAGGUGUUUAGGCUGAAUUUAGGUUGGAUCUUAUUCUAGUUUCUGGUUGUUAACUUUGGAUAUUAUGAACCAUUUUGUAUAAUCCUGUUGAAGAGACAAAAUGUUUCCCUGUUACCUUCACCUAUAGGCUAAGCUCCACACGUUUGGAGCGAUUUGUACAAGCUUUCAAGAAUUGUAAUGUGCAGCAAUCCAACAACUGUCUAUUGAUGGCAUGUAUGUGAUUUUUUUUUCUAUGGAUGUUAUUUUGGGAUAUCUCUUUUUGAAGCCCAUAUAAUAAAGACAACAGCAAAAAGAAGAAGAAA